AUGCCGGGACCGGGAUUGGUGGAAGUGGCACCCGGACUGGCGGGAUUGGAGUCACAAUACAACGCAAGGAGGCAGGGUAUGGUCAGCAAUUUGGGUCACGUCGGUCUGGUCUGCGACGACUUCUUCAAGAUGAGGGACUUCUAUACCCGCGUCAUCGGACUGACGGUAACCGAUGAGGACCCGGAUCGGGGAAGUUGCUUCCUGAGCGCCGACCCUGAUAAUGAACACCACGAGUUGGCCUUGGGAGAGGCGAGGGGCGAUGACCACCCGAUGGGACGCCGGCCCAAGACCACCGGCGUCGGACAAGUUUCAUUUAUUGUCGAAAGCAUGGACGCUCUGAAAGACCUGUACCAGCGGCUGCUGGCGGAAAACGUCCGUAUCGACCAGACGGUAACCCAUGGAAUCUCCUGCAGCGUUUACUUUUUCGACCCGGAGGACAAUCGGGUCGAGUUGUAUUACAAGACCGGCUACGUGGUAAGACAGGGGUUCAGCCGUCCUAUCGACCUGAGCAACCAGUCCAACGAGGAGAUUCUGGCCUUCUCCAAGUCCUUUUGA